GAGAUUUAUGUCAGUGAGUCUCCCAGCGGGGUUCAGGUCUGAGAUUUCUCGUUCUGCCCCUUGCAGCUCUCAGUGCCCUAGACGCCCCCACUGCACCCCAGAACACCUUUCUGGUCUGGGGAACCAGGCUGUGUCUGUCCCGUAAAAGGCCAUGUGGCUGCACCUGGCGGUCCUCGUGGGCCUCUACUACCUCCUGCGCUGGUACCGGGAGAGGCAGGUGGUGACCCACCUCCGGGACAAGUUCGUCUUCAUCACGGGCUGUGACUCGGGCUUCGGGAACAAGCUGGCCAGGCAGCUGGACCUGCGAGGCUUGAGGGUCCUGGCUGGGUGUCUGACGGAGCAGGGGGCCGAGCAGCUGAGGAACCAGACGUCAGACAGGCUGCAGACGGUGAUCCUGGACGUCACCAAGACAGAGAGCAUCGCUGCGGCCACCGAGUGGGUGAAGGAGCGUGUGGGGGACAGAGGACUCUGGGGUCUGGUGAAUAAUGCUGGCAUCUCCGUGCCCACUGCACCCAAUGAGUGGCUGACCAAACAGGACUUCGUGAAGAUUCUGGACGUGAACCUGCUGGGGGUGAUUGAUGUGACCCUGAAUGUCCUGCCCCUGGUGCGGAAGGCGAGGGGCCGUGUGGUCAACGUGUCCAGCGUCAUGGGCCGGGUGGCCCUCUUUGGUGGAGGCUAUUGCAUGUCCAAAUACGGCGUGGAGGCCUUCUCAGACUCCCUCAGGAGGGAGCUCUCCUACUUUGGGGUGAAGGUGGUUAUGAUCGAGCCUGGUCUUUUCAAGACUGCUGUGACCAGCCCUCAGGCACUUUCUCAGGCCCUCCAGGCAUCUUGGAAUCAGGCCAGCCCAGAGAUCAAGGAACUCUAUGGAGAGAAGUUCUUGGCUAACGUCUCGAAAUCAGUCGACUUGUUGGCGACAACCUGCUGCCAGGAUCUGUCCUUGGUGACCAACUGCAUGGAGCACGCCCUGACCGCCUGCCACCCCCGCACCCGAUACUCACCUGGCUGGGAUGCCAAGUUGAUCUACCUCCCCAUGAGCUACCUGCCCAGCUUCCUGGUGGAUCUCAUGGUGUACUGGAGUAACCCCCAGCCUGCUCAGGCCCUGUAACCCAAGACUGGGGUGCAUUGUAGGGGGGAUCAUGUACAGAGUGGGGAGAGGAUGCGUCAGGGGAGGGAAAUACAGUGGAGAGCGGAGCUCUCCAGGAUGGGUGUCACCAGGACGCCCAUCCCACCUCACUCCCAUCUCCUCCCCAGUCUCCUCUUGGGACAUUACUUAGGACUCAGGGAUAGUAGGAAGAAACAAGCUUUGUAGUGAGAAGCUGAGAUCAGUAGCUCUCCUCUGUGUCCUGUUCCCUCAUCAGCCUCUCAAGGCUCUGAGCCUUAUGGCCCUCCUGCCACCCUGAGGAAUCUGCAUUGUCUGGAGGGUGUGAACAGCUGGGAGGGCCCCGGCCCCCCCCAUCUUCUGCCCCUGUCCACCUCUUCCAGGUGUGCCUUGGCCCUGGCCAGUCUCCCUGUCCCACUGGAUGGAAAUGGACAUGGGAGGUAAAGGCCCCUCUCCCCUAGAUACUUGUAGUCAGGAGCUGAGGUGCACAUCUAGCCUACUUUGCCUGGAAAGUGGUGUCAUCAGUGGAGGUCCUGACA